UUCCCACGCGCGAGUACAAAACACCAAAACCAAAUGGUCACGCUUUUCGCCCCCUCCUUCGCCGCUCGUCUCACCCGAAUCCCUAGCCCUCGCCGUCGAUUGCUCUCUCCUCCGACCAGUUUCCUUCGCCGGAGAUCCCCUCUUCCUCCUGUUCCUCGCCUCGCUGCUUUCCCGGCCGCCAAGCUUUCCUCCAGCGUCGCCCCGAUGGAGUCCCCUUCGGCAGAGGAUCGCGCUGCCGGAUUGAAAUUCGAGGAGCUAAAUUGGGAUCACUCGUUUGUGCGUGAGCUUCCUGGGGAUCCCAGGACCGAUAUCAUCUCUCGAGAGGUGCGCAGGGCUUGUUAUUCAAAAGUAUCACCAUCUGUGGAAGUGGACAAGCCUGAGCUUGUAGCAUGGUCUGAUUCAGUUGCCAAGUUACUUGAUUUAGAUCCUAAAGAAUUUGAACGACCAGACAUCCCGCUUCUAUUCUCUGGAGCAUUGCCAUUGGUGGGUGGUUUGACAUAUGCACAAUGCUAUGGUGGACACCAGUUUGGUACAUGGGCUGGUCAGCUGGGGGAUGGUCGAGCCAUAACGUUAGGAGAAAUUAUGAAUUCUCGAGGUGAAAGGUGGGAGUUGCAGCUGAAGGGUGCUGGAAAAACUCCUUAUAGCCGGUUUGCGGAUGGACUUGCAGUUUUGCGUAGUAGCAUCCGUGAGUUCCUAUGCAGUGAGGCAAUGAAUGGUCUUGGAAUUCCAACAACUCGGGCACUUUGUAUUGUCACAACUGGCAAAAAUGUCUCACGUGACAUGUUUUAUGAUGGUAAUCCAAAGGAUGAGCCAGGUGCCAUUGUUUGUCGUGUUGCUCAAUCCUUUCUUCGCUUUGGUUCAUACCAAAUUCAUGCCUCGCGAGGGAAGGAGGACUUGGAGAUUGUUCGGAUUUUAGCAGAUUACACAAUCCGCUAUCAUUUUCCUCACCUGGAGAAGAUGGAAAAGAGUGAGAGCCUGUCUUUUGAGGUUGGACAGGAGGGCGGCUCCGUUGUGGACUUGACAUCUAACAAAUAUGCAGCAUGGUCAGUUGAAGUUGCUGAACGUACUGCUUCCUUGGUUGCCGGCUGGCAGGGGGUUGGUUUCACCCAUGGAGUGCUAAACACUGACAAUAUGAGCAUCUUGGGUCUAACAAUUGAUUAUGGACCGUUUGGUUUCUUGGAUGCUUUUGACCCAAGUUACACUCCAAAUACAACUGACCUUCCGGGGAGAAGGUACUGUUUUGCGAACCAGCCGGACAUUGGCUUGUGGAACAUUGCUCAGUUCACCACAGCAUUAAUGGCUGCAAAUCUUAUCAGCAAAGAUGAGGCUAACUACACCAUGGAGAGGUAUGGGAAUAAAUUUAUGGAUGAAUAUCAGUCUAUUAUGACCAGAAAACUUGGUCUUCCAAAGUAUAAUAAACAGUUGAUCAGCAAGCUUCUCAACAACAUGGCUGUUGAUAAAGUUGACUACACGAACUUCUUCCGAGCUCUUUCUAAUAUCAAAGCAGACACUACCAUUCCUGAAAGUGAGCUGCUAGUUCCGCUAAAGUCUGUAUUACUAGACAUAGGCAAGGAACGCAAAGAAGCAUGGACCAGCUGGGUACAGACCUACAUCCAGGAGCUUGCAUCUAGUGGUGUUCCGGAUGAUGAAAGAAAGGCGGUGAUGAACUCAGUAAACCCAAAAUACAUACUAAGGAACUACUUAUGCCAAAGUGCCAUUGACACUGCCGAACAAGGUGAUUACGCAGAAGUCUGGCGGCUACUCAAAGUAAUGCAAAAUCCAUAUGAGGAACAACCAGGAAUGGAAAAAUACGCCCGAUUACCGCCUGCCUGGGCUUACAGGCCUGGUGUCUGCAUGCUGUCCUGCUCCUCCUAAUCAUGAAUGUAAAUUACACAGAUACAAAUCAUCAUGUACUGCAUAUAUGUCUUUGUAUUAGUCCAAAUGCAACAACACUAUAAGCAGAAUCUUUUAGAAAUCUAAGACCAUUUGAGAGUAGUUCAAGAGACAGUCUUUAUGCAGUUAUGCUGUGCUUUACUACAUGAAUAACAGCAUCAAUGUAACAACCUUAGAAAUCAAAAUGAUUCAGAGCAGUUCCUUUUAUUUAGUAAA